AUGGUCUCAGAGUUGGAACAGUCUCAGACUCAGAGAGGGUGGGGGGGGGGGGGGGUGGGGGGGGGGGGGGGGGGGGGGGGGGGGGGGGGGGUGGGGGGGGGGGGGGGUGGGGGGGGGGCGGGGGGGGGGGGGGGGGGGGGGGGGGGGGGUGACGCUUCAUGGUCUCAGAGUUGGAAACAGUCUCAGACUCAGAGAAGUCGCUUCAUGAGGUUAGAACAGUCUCAGACUCAGAGAAGUCGCAUCAUGGUCUCAGAGUUGGAUCAGUCUCCAGACUCAGAGAAGACGCUUCUGGUCUCAGAGUUGGAACAGUCUCAGGACUCAGAGAGUCGAUACAUGUCUCAGAGUUUAGAACAGUCUCAGGAUCAGAGAAGUCGCUUCAUGGAAUCGAGUUGA